CAUUUGGGGAGGAAAGCAAACUGUUUUGAGGAGAAUAAUGAAUUAUUACGAAUGGAGAUGAGCCAUAAAGAAAAGGAAAACCUAAGGUAACUAUUCUAUUGGUCAAAUUUUUCUAAAUUUGGACAACUUUAUCACUUUUGAAAAACCCGCAAAUGCCAAAAGAAAAAUAACCAUUUCUCUAUUCAAGGAGGUUAUCCAAAUUCGAAGCUUUCAUAAGCUUUCUUAACAUAUCAGGUGAAACAGGGUUUUGUUUGUUUAACAAACUAGUUCCAGUUAACCGCUUGACGGCAUUACGUACAGCUCAGGGGGGUAGGGCUAUCAGUUGGCGGAGGAAUGCCAGCCAAUUUAUGCGCCCAUUAGAUUCUAUAAAUGGCCGAGUCCACAGCAGAAUGAGAACGAGUUGCGUCCAACAAGUACUGGAGGUAUAGGGCAACAUGCUCUGUAUACAGAAUGGUCGUAAAAAUCAAUUAUCUUGCUGCAAAAAACCCGCUUUAGAAUUCUGUUGUCGAGGCACCCAGAAAAUAUGCAGUUGAAUUUGGCCGCCGGAAGACCAGAAGAAACACUUUCAAACCUAUAUCCUGUAGAUCGUUAACCAUGGUACCGACCUGAAUAAUUAUAACAAAUUUCUGAUUGUCGGUCUUUCAGCGUACUCUUUGGUCUGUUAAAUGAUUCUCGAAGAACUGAAGAGCAAACUGAAUCCCAUCCAGCUCCCUCCAAGUGGAAGACUUGCAACACUCGUCAAUGGACCAAUUUCGGUGACAAACCAGACUACAAUCAUGGACAAAACUCUCGGGACACUUUCGCAUUUUUGGGUCGUUUUCCAAUCCACACAGGUCCAACCCCUCCCCUCACCCCACAAACGAUGUUGGAUGCGUGUAUCCAGAAUUUUUUCCGAGUUUCAACUCUGUAUAGAGUGGGGGAGGGAGAACUGCAAGAAAAUUUCGAAAAGGAUGCACUGUUUUAAGAGGGAACCGUUAAAUAACAGAAAAAUAUGAAUAUUGCUGUACUGUCCCAAGGACAAAACCGUAAAGUGAAAAUAUCUAGUUUGAGACGUACCAAAAUCCACGUUUUACUCGAGGUUGGAUUUCACUUCGACUAGACUAUCCUGAAGCUUAGCAUUGAAUGUGUACUGAAUCUUGUUUCCUUUUCUCUUAAAGGACCUCGUCUCCUCGCGUCGGAUCUUCUUGAUCUCGGGUAGUUGUUCGUCAGCAGCGUCAGCGCUAGAUCUUUUGAUUCCCUCAGUAGAAUCGGCCACUUGCUUUGAGAAUUACUCCAAUAACGCCUUUAAUAUUUUCAGUCAAAGAAGCAGAGAUAAAAUUGAUCAGCAGCCGGGCUGCUGAUAAGACAAUCGGUCGCACAAACAGACAUUUUUUUCAUUUUUUGCCAAUCAGCCUAGGACUGUUGGUGAAGAGAUCAGGCAUUCCAGACAAUUGAGGUAGUACUUAUGUCCUUACACAAGGUAACAUUAAUUUCAAAUGUCUUUUUUCAUUAAUUUUAUUUCAGAGAUAAACAGAAUGAAACUCUGGGCGAGAUUGAAAAACGGCUUGUUUCAAGCACAAGGAAAUUAGACACGCUGCAACAACAAGUAAGCAACCAAGAGAAGAACUCAAUAGAUUACUGUGUGAAUUUACUAGACAAGAAGAAUUAGUGACUAUUUUUUGUUGCAAUAAAUAGGGAACGCUUGUCUGGUUCUUCAAUUUAAAAGGUGCAGGCUCAGUUUGUCUUCCUUUUGUUUUUUUUUUUUUUCAUUUCUCCAAAUGUUUAGAACAUGAACAUGUCUCGAGAAACUAGAAUGGAACUUUUUGAAAAGAUGGAGUAUUUAACGUUAACGGUAAGAAGCUUGCCUGCAAUACAAUGUGUUUGAAUUCAUUUCAUUGAAGAGCUGUUCGUUCUACAGACUGGUGUGAGGAAACAGGGUUGAAGUAAUGAUGUCAUUCCACAUCUUAUUUCGAAGGAUUAAAGAGCUUCCAAACAUGACUUGGUUCGGAACUCACACCUCUGUACACAUCAACUAAAAGACGUCUAAAAAACUUAUGAAUUGAUGACUGUAACUCUGAUCACCAUGAAUGUUCUCCUUGUAAUAUCAAUGCUUUGUGAAAAAGAGUGGUCAUGAGAAUAUAAGACAUGUUAACACAAGAUGAAUUUGUUUGAUAUUUUAUAAACUUCUCCCCACUUCUUCUAUAGGAAAUGAAUAGGAGCAACAAAUGAGAUUUAAAAUUUUGAUCUUCGGGUUUAAAGGGUUAACGUGAUACCAGCCUCAGAGGAAGCUUUGAACCAGGGAAUGUCGGGGAGCUCUUUUGACUAAUAUGCCUACAAGGAGGACCCAGGGUCACACCUCUCUAUAUUUAUACGGAAACUGACUAAACUAUUAUUUUUACUCUUUUAGGUAGAAAAAAGCAAUUCUCUCCGGGAAGAGAACGAAAAUUUGAAGGAAAGACUCAGAAGUCUGGAGAGUUUGGUGAAGGUGAGUUGUGAAUUGCAAUAA